AAUCGUUGGCGGUUCAGUUCCAGUCAGUUGGGUUUGUGCAGCUGGAUCGUGCGGUUCGGUUUGUUGUACUAUAGGAGUAGCUUUGUGGCAAAGCGUGUGGCGCCCAACUGGAAAAGACUCCUCCAGGGCUAAAUUGAAGCCACUUAAGUAGCAGUAGAAAAGACAGAGAAAAGAAAAGAAAAGAAACAAAUCUCAGAGCUUAAAGUGAAGCGCAUGAAUCAAACGUCGCGGAAGUGUUAAUUAAAAGCCUAAAUACGCCAUAUAAAUCCGCUUUAUUUGUGAAUGUGGAGCUGAAUCUGAAAAGUUUACUCAACGAAAGUGCAUUGUGUCUGUGAAUUGUGUAUCUAUCAGUUGUAUCUGUGUCUUAGUUUGAAGGUCAGUUUGAGUUACGAUUUUCGUUCUCUCAUAAAUUCAUAAAUCAAUAAUUAAGUGUGAAUCAAAAUUCGAUAGACAGUGUUAUAAAUUCUUUAAUUUUAUCGGAUACUUAAAGACCUCUUCGGACGGGCCUCUUUUACUCCAUAGGGUAAAAUUGCAUUUUGAAGGCAGUUGCAACAGUUGAAAGACAGAAUGUCGAAGAAUGUGGUGCUGUUCGUGUUGCUGCCACUGCUGCUGUCUCUGUGCCCCACAAUGGCUCUAAGUCUGCCCAAUGGCACCGUUGUUGCAAGUUUAGGUGAUGGCAACGUGGCGGGCAAUGUCAAUCAGCCCGCACUUGGUGUUAGCCUCGGCUCUGGCGGCAACAACAACAGCAGUAGCAGCAGCAGCGGUGGUGGUGCUGGCGGUGGUGUCAACCUGUCAAUUGGCAGCGCUGGCAGUCAGUCAAACAGUGAGCCAAACGGUGGCAUUGGCGGCAACUCGCUGGGCAUCAAUGCAGCUGGCAGCAACAGCGUUGGCAGUGGCAACAACAACUCAGCCCUGAUGCAACCGGCCAAGGAGAAGCAGUACGACAAGUGCACAGGACCCGGAGAUCCAGGACCAUGUAAGCAAUACAUCUACAAGUGGCGCUUUGAGCCAACGACCAGCGAAUGCACCACAUUCAUUUGGGGCGGCUGCGAUGGCAAUCCCCAGAAUCGCUUUAGCACUGAGAGCGAGUGUCUUUUCCACUGCAUUGGCGGACCACACACUUUACCACCGUUUUUACAGUCGACCACACGUGAGCCAAGCACCACAGAAUCAUCGCUGGCCAUCUACACGCAAAGUCCGGCACAAUCGCCGGUUGGCUACGGUGGGAAUAGCGGUGGUGGCGGUGGUGGUGGUGUUGUUGGUACCACCCCAGUGCCCAUCGAGCAGCGUGGACCCGAAUUGACGUUUGCGGAAACGGGUCAGGGCAAGACCUUCAUGUUCGCCAAAAACAACACGUUCAUCCAAAUGGACGGCGACAUCAUACAGACAUUUCAAUUAAGACUCUGCCGUGAGAUUUCAUUUCAAUUUCGCACACGACUGCCGCACGGCCUGCUCGUCUAUCACAACGUUAAGAAUCCGGAUCGCAUUAUUUUGGACCCCUAUGCACUCUAUGUGAUUGUCGAGAAGGGUCAGCUUAAGGUUGUACAUGUCUUUGGCAAGCAUUCAACGAGUGUCACUGUGGGCGAGAGUUUGAAUCGAGAUGAAUGGCACAGUGUUAUGGUGCGCAUCGAUGUCCAUGGCGCAAGAUUAAUUGCACGCGUCGACAAUAGUCAGGAGGAGGUCUAUCUGAAAGGUCUGAAUCACGAGUACAACUACGGUGUCUCCACGAAUCUGCCAUCGGUCGUCCUGGUCGGAGGCCUCUCGUCGGAGGAGAAAUUGCAUGGCGUUAAAUAUAUCACGGAAUCGUUUGUCGGUUGCAUUCGCAAUGUGGUGCUAAGCUCCGGGAAAGCUGCCUCCGAUCUGCUGCCGAUAGCUCCGCUGGUGGCCACCAAGCACGAGAAUGUCAACGAAGGCUGCUCCGACAUGUGCGAUUCUCGGCACAAUCUCUGCUUUGUCGGCUCGCAUUGCAUCAACCAUUACUCGGGCAUCUCAUGCGAUUGCUUUGGCACCCACUACGAGGGUGAACACUGCGACAUCUACACUGCCACAAUAAUUACGCUGCGCGGCGCCAGUUACGUUUCAUAUCGCAUCUACGAUUGGAAGGAUCGGGUUCACUCCUCAACCAUACGUAUAAGCUUGAUGUUCCGCACCAACUUUGACGAUUCUGCAUUGUUCUAUGCGAGCGGAGAGUCACUUAAGCAUCAGUAUAUUGCGGCAGCCAUAAGAAAUCAGUCGAUUUAUGUGGAAAUGGAUUUCGGUGAUAAUGUGAUGUCCACAGUACUGAGGGACGAUCUGACUCGAGGAUAUUGGCACAAUCUGACGAUACUUCAUGAGCACCGCACACUACGCAUUAUACUCGAUCAACAGCAGAAGAUAUUGGAACUGCCGGCAACUGCCAGUGGUAAUCUAUUGUUCGAUCCCGAGAUCUACUUUGGUGGCGGUCCCGAUCUUCACAAGAAAAAGGGUCUCAUCUCGCACAACAAUUUCGUGGGCAGCUUGAAGUAUGUUUACUAUAAUGAUAUCUCUAUAUUGUACGAACUGCAACGCGGCAAUCCAAAGGUGCACUAUCAUGGAGUUCUGGAAGCUGAAUUCCAUGAGAAUGAAGUGAAUGUCAUACCCAUCACCUAUCCCUUUGCGACAUCACACAUUUGGUGGCCCAUAAAUCAAGCCCAAGAAUUUAAUAUUAAAUUCGAUUUCCGCAGCAGUCGACCCGGCGCGGUGUUAGCCUACAGUGACGUCACGACCAGUGCCGGAAAUGGCUUCUGGGAGAUACGCUUAAGUUCGGACAAGCUGAGCUUUGAUCUUGUGCCCGAUGUCAACAACAAUGUGACCCACUCGACAACCAUUAAAAUCAAUCGUGCCACAUCGUGGCACAGCGUCGAGCUGGACUACAAGAAAGGUGAGAUACGAUUCACCGUCGACUAUCGUCAUACGCUCAGUCAAAUGUUCGGACUGACCUUUAACAUCGGCGACAAGCUGAUCAUUGGCAGCAGUCUCAAGUCAGCGGCCAUGGGAUUGGUUGGCUGCAUUCGAGACAUUGAGAUUAAUGGCCAUCUGAUUGAGCCGAGGCAUGUGGUCAAGACGGAGCGAGUUGUGGGCGAGGUGGCCUUGGAUAAUUGCAACUAUAUUGAUCCCUGCAAGCGACCCAACACCUGUGAGCAUGGUGGCAAGUGUUUUGUCAAGGAUGAUCGCGUCACCUGCGACUGCAAGCACACGGGUUACAUUGGCAAGAAUUGUCACUUCACCAAGUAUCGCAAGACGUGUGAGGAGCUGGCCUUGCUGGGCUUCACCAAAUCCGAUGUUUAUCUCAUUGACAUUGAUGGCAAUGGCGUCUUUCCGCCCGCCCAUGUCAAGUGCGAUUUUCAGAGUCUCGAGAAUGCCACCAAAACAAUUGUGGAACACAAUCUGCCCAGUCAGGUGGAUGUGCGGUCGUCUCGGGAAUCCGAUUUUAGUUUCACUAUACGCUACAGAGAAUUCUCACCACACAUGUUGCAAGAGCUGAUAUCACACUCACUCUACUGCACGCAAUACAUCAAAUACGAUUGCUAUCGCGCCCAGUUGGAACUCCAUUCAGCCACGUGGUUUACGUCCUCGGCCAAGAAUCUCACUGUCGACUUUCUCGGCAAUGUCAAGAGAGGCGCCUGUCCGUGUUCCGUGAACAAGACGUGCGUGGACCCGAAUCAAUCAUGCAACUGUGAUGUGAAAGAGAACAAAUGGAAUUCGGACGAGGGCUACUAUCAGGAACCGCACAGUUUGGGCAUUACCAACAUGUACUUCCUACAGCAGAAGGAUCUCGAUGAUGAGGCCCAGGGCCGCAUCACACUUGGCCCCCUGGAGUGCGUGGAGACAAAUACACAGAAGUACGUGGUCACCUUUACAACAUCGCAGUCGUAUAUUGAGGUGCCCGGUUGGCGUAAGGGCGACAUUGCCUUCUCUUUUCGCACCACCGGCGAGAAGGCGAUACUGUUGUUCCAGCCACCCAUAAGAGCACACCAUCCCUCGUUUAUGGUCGCCCUAACUGGUGACUAUCAACUGACAUUCAAUUUCACCCUCAGCACCGGCACCACAAGGGAACUCGUGAUUAACUCUCAUCGCAGGUUGAAUGGCGGCGAAUGGCAUAAAAUAUGGAUUGACUAUAACCAAUAUCAUGUGCGCUUCAUGAUAAAUACCGAUUACCAGAUGCUCGAUUUGUUGCCCGAGGAGGAGUUUGGACCAUUCGAGGGCAGCAUGUACAUUGGUGGCGCCACAUUCGAUCUGCUUAAAAAACUGUCUGUUAAAGCCGGACUUAUUGGCUGCUUCCGUGGCCUGGUGGUGAAUGGCGAAAUCUUGGAUAUCUAUAGCUAUAUGUCGGUGCAUCUGUCGGAGAUUAUCAAGGACUGCAAGCCAUCCUGUGUGCCAUCGCCCUGUCGCAAUGGUGCUCAGUGCAAGGAACUGUGGAGCAGCUUUAAGUGUGUCUGCAACAAUCCUUGGGCACAUAUAGGCGAAUUCUGCGAAACAAAUAUCAAUGAGAAGGCUUUGACUUUCAUCAAUCGUGAGUCGUUCCUCAUGCGCAAUUAUUUCAGUGUAACAGCCACGCCUGCAAUUCUCCUCAAUGGCAUCGAGGGCGAACGUGAGAUGCUCAAAGGAAUUCUCAGCCAGAAUUUGCUGAUCAAUCUGCGCACUUACGAUACGAAUGCCUUAGUGCUCUAUGCCAACGAUCACUACAACAACUUUAUACAUCUCUACAUCAGUCAGGCACGUGAGAUUGUCUUUCUUUAUAACUAUGGCGAUGAGAUUGUCAACCUGACACUGCUGGAUGAAACGUUGAUGGCCAACUUGAAGAGCAUUCAGGUGGCUAUCAUAAGGGAAGAGCAGGAGACUCGCAUGCAUGUGAAUCAACGCAGUGUGAGCAUCGAUCGUGGCACGCUGCUCCUGGAUGAGUAUGCCAAUCGACCCUGGAGCAAUCCAGAGAAGGAGGUUCUAUCGCCACAUCGUCCCCCCGCACCGCCCACCGAGUACUUUCAGUUCCACGUUGGCGGCUAUGAUCCGGUGAAUUUGCUACGCCCAAAUGUGGAUGCACCGUCCCUGGAGGGCUACAUUGGCUGUAUACGGGGCCUGAAAAUAGGCGCCCAGUUGAUCGACUUGGCGGAAAUCAAUGAAAGGAAUAUAGCGCCCACUCAGGAGGGUGUCUUGCCCAAUUGCCAGAUCAAAUGCGAUGCGGAGCCUUGCAAGAAUGGCGGCAUCUGCCAGGAGCAUUUCGCCGAGCAGAUGUCCACCUGUGAUUGUGAGCACACCAGUUUCCUCGGCGAGUUCUGUUCGGUGGAGAAGGGCGCCGAUUUCAGUGGGGAAUCGACGUUGCAACGCAAAUUCGAGCUGCCCAGCUCCGGACGUGUGGACUAUGUGCGUCUACAGUUGGCCUUCUCCUCGUUCGAUCUGCGUCGAGCCAAUCGCAUUAUGUUGCUGCUGCAGACAGCAGCUGAGCGCAGCUAUUACCUUCUGUUGGCCAUCACCUCCGAUGGCUACCUGCAGUUCGAGGAGGAUCGCGAGCGUGGCCAAACCGUAGGUGCUCGCAUCGAUCGGAAUUUCCUGAACAGUGCCAGGCACUCGGUCUACUAUGUGAGGAAUGGCACACAGGCACAGCUCUACAUUGAUCGCGAGCAGGUGCCGCUAACGGACUUUGCGGCACGUGUGCUGACCACAACACUGGAUGAGGGCGCAAAUCGGGCACAGAUCGGUGGCAUUAAUACAACAGAUUCACGCUUCGCUGUCUUCAAGAGCUACAGCGGCUGCCUGUCAAACAUCUACAUACAGGUGAAUGGACACAUUAUGAAGCCACUGGAGGAGUACAUGCUGUUCACUAAAUCCGGUGCGGACAAUAUAACGGUCAUAAAUCCGCAGGGCGUACGCAGUGCACAGUGCAAUGCCAAAUUCGAUGUGACUGAGCAGCCAACCCAAGAGCCCAUGGUCAAUGUGAGCAUGAUACCGGAACCUUGGGUCGAGGAGCCGCCACAGCGAGUGCCCUACAUAUCGAAAUUCGUUUACGAUGUGGACAAGAAGGAGGACUCCACACAGAUGCUGUUCAUAACGCUGACCAGCGUGUUUGUCAUCAUUGUCAUUUGCUGCAUGCUCGAGGUAUAUCGCAGUCAUUUGGCCUACAAGAAGCGCAUCGAGCGCGAAACGGACGAGGACAUUAUUUGGUCCAAGGAGCAGGCAACCAAAAUGCACGAGUCACCAGGUGUUAAGGGUACAACAACAACAACAGCAACCGGCAACUCGGCAGGCAAGCCGAUGUUGCCAGCGUACAGUUAUAAGGCGCUGCCGCAGGAGGACAAGAAGCCAGGCAAUGGUGCACCCUUGGUUGGCAUACUGAAGAAUGGCAAUGCAACGACACAGACAACGACAACGACACCCAGCACACCCACAGCUGCCACAAAGAAUGGCGACAUUGCCACACGCAUUGAAGAGGAGCUCGAAGAUGAAGAGGAGCAUCAGGAGGCAAAGGAAUCUUUGGUGGCGCCACCCAACGAGCAGCUGCUUAACCUCAGCGCGGUUGCAACGCCAACGGAUGCGGCUGCGGCUGCCACAAAUGGUGCAUCAUCAGCUGCCACCGAGGCGACAGAGCCGACGUCGACGUCGACGUCAACGUCGACCGAGGCAGCGGCAGGCACUGUUCAGGUGAACGGUCAGCCGGAUGCUGCUGUGGAUGCCACAACGACGAUACCGCCAACACAGCCGCAACGAGGCAAAUCCUGCCACAAAGCACACGAUGACACCGAGUAUCCCUUUGAUGUCAGCGCCGCAAAUGCCGAUGCCGAAGCCGAUGCGACAACAGCGUCCGCAGUGUCCACAUCAACAACAACAACAACAACAGCAACACCACCCACUCCGGGUUUGGCAUUAGCUUUGCGCCGUUUCGUCCGCCCACCGCCUCCCAUUUAUCUGGAGAAUGCACUGCAGCAGCGUCAGUUCGCGAAUCCAAUUAGUUACUUGGGCGGACCGCGUCUCCAAGCGCGGAGUAAUCGCAACAGCGUCGACUCGAUAUUAUCGCUGGAUUAACACCCGCAACGGACAACGAGUCUAGUCACAUAUUCAACUCCCUCCUCAGUCUCUACCUCUCAGCCGGACAAUUUGAAGCGCCAUUGGAUUGGCUGUGUCAUUUCUCAACAACAGUCGCAACUGUAACUUAGUUAGUUCUUCAAUUUAGUUAGUUAAUGUUGAACAAAUUGUUAAAGUUCCUUCCUUCGAAACAAAAAUAAACUAGUUCUAUAUUAAUGUUA